AUGAGACUCCAAUCUUUUGCGGUCCUUGUGGCCCAGAUUUCGUGGUCCGUCGUCGCCCAGUCAUGGGAUGUCGAGCCGCCUUCUACCGCCGAUCCGAAUACGCCAUCAGACUGCACUUGGUGGCACGUUGCCGAGUCCUCUGAGACUUGCGACGCGAUUGCAACUUCCUACGGUCUUGAAGUCUCUGAUUUCACCUCAUACAACCCCUCUCUCGCUACGGCUUGCGAGCUUGUUACCGGAAACUCUUAUUGCAUUGAGAGAAACUGGGGCAUUCCUCCUGAAGUGCCAGUUACUACCACCACCAGUGCUGCCUCGACGCCGACCAGCGACCCUGGUAAUGGAGUCGUGACGCCAACUCCGAUCCAGGACGGAAUGACCAAGGACUGCAACAAGUUUUAUUUCGUCAAGACGGGAGACGGGUGUGCAAAUAUCGCCAACAACAAUGGUAUUGCCCUUACAGACUUCUAUAGCUGGAACCCAGCAGUUGGGAACACUUGCAGCGGUCUCUGGGCUGAGGUGUACGUCUGUGUCGGUAUUGUUAGCGGUGGAACAGUCACAUCCCAGCCGCCGGCAACGACAACUGCUCCGAGUAACGGUAUCUCUACCCCGACCCCCAUCCAGGAGGGCAUGACGACUAGCUGCAAUAAGUUCCACUUUGUCAAGAUGGGAGACGGCUGCGCUGCUAUCGCCAGCAGCAACAGCAUCGCGUUAUCCGACUUCUACGCCUGGAACCCCGCCGUCGGGGAUACAUGCGCAGGACUCUGGGCUAAUGUCUACGUCUGCGUAGGCGUCAUUGGCAGCAGUGCUCCUACUACCACGACUGUACCAGCAUCGACCACAACGGCUGGUAACGGCAUCUCCACCCCUACUCCUAUCCAAGAGGGCAUGGUUGACAACUGUAACCGCUUCUACAUGGUUAAGACUGGGGACGGCUGCGCGUCUAUAGCUUCCGCUAACAGUAUCCUGCUGUCUGACUUUUAUGAAUGGAAUCCUGCUGUGGGUAACACUUGCGCCGGCCUCUGGGCUAAUGUCUACGUCUGCGUUCGCGUGAUCGGAUACACAGCCCCGGUCACCACAACGACAGCUCCCCCAACGACGACCACGGCGCCGGGGAACGGCAUCAGCACUCCUACGCCGAUUCAAGAAGGCAUGGUUGGUAACUGUAACAAGUUCUAUAAGGUUAAGAGCGGAGAUGGUUGCGCGGCGAUUGCGUUCAGCAACGGCAUUGCCCUCGCUGACCUGUAUAAGUGGAACCCGGCUGUUGGAAACACGUGCGCCAGCUUGUGGCUGGACACUUACAUCUGUGUCGGCGUCGUCGGCUCGACACCCACUACUACUCUGGUUACGACCACCAAAGCUGGCAAUGGUGUCGCGACGCCCACACCAAUUCAGGAAGGCAUGACUAAAAGCUGCAAGACCUUCCAUCUGGUUGUAGGUGGUGACACGUGCUACGAUAUUGCGGCUAAAUCGGGUAUUACUCUGAAUAACUUCUACGCCUGGAACCCGGCGGUCGGAAGCAACUGCGCAAGCCUUUGGGGCCAGUACUACGUCUGCAUUGCCGUUCUCUAA